UUGAAAACACAAAAAAAUUUAUAAAAAUAAAAUAAGAAAUAAAAAACCAACCAUGAUGAUGGAAGCUUCUCCCCCAAAUUUGAAUGGAACAAGUCAGUCUACUUAAAAACCCUUACAACAACUCAAAUCCAUAUACAUACAUAUCUCAAAUCUGUAUCUAAUUAUAAACCAAUUAUUCAUAAUUUCCAAUCUAAAUAAAAACUUAAAAAUGCCUUCAGUAUCUGUAAAAUUAUAUAGUAUCAUUUACAAAUUCAUAUUAAAACGUCAAUUACAAACCCUAACGGACCAAAAUCCCUCCAAUCAAUUCGGCGUCAUUUCACGUCCCGACGAAUCCUUUGCUCCGGCAAACCCUACUUUCUCUCAAAACGACGUCGCUACAAAAGAUAUACAUAUUAAUCCCUUAAAAUCAUUAUCUGUACGUAUAUUCCUUCCUAAUUCCGUUACUUCCAACGGUUUGUUGAGUCAAACUGACGGUGUGUACGGAGGUUACUCGCCGGUGGUGAGUAGUGGAGGUGGACGGAGACUGCCGGUGGUGUUGCAGUUCCAUGGCGGGGGGUUUGUGACUGGGAGUAGUGUUUCGGUUGGGAAUGAUGUGUUUUGUAGACGGAUAGCGAAAGCGUGUGAUGCGAUUGUGAUUGCGGUAGGGUAUCGGCUUGCACCGGAGAGUAAGUUUCCAGCUGCGUUUGAGGAUGGGUUUGAGGUGAUGAAUUGGUUGGUUAAACAGGCGAAUUUGAAUGACUGCAAGAGUUCGGGGGGUCGGGUUGGGUUUGAAAGGAGACAGAUUGUUGAUGGUUUUGGUGAAACAUUCAUUGAACCUUGGAUUGCAGCUCAUGCUGAUCUAUCUAGGUGUGUGCUUUUAGGCGUAAGCUCUGGUUCGAACAUUGCGAAUUAUGUCACCCAAAAGGCAGUGGAAGCCGGGAGCCUCCUGGACCCGAUAAGAGUAGUUGCACAAGUCCUUAUGUACCCAUUUGUCAUUGGAAGCACUCCCACAAAAUCCGAGAUCAAACUAGCCAACUCUUAUCUUUAUGACAGGACCAUGGCAAUUCUAGCUUGGAAACUUUUUUUGCCUGCAGAUCAAUUCAAUCUGGAUCAUCCAGCAGCCAACCCUCUCAUGUCUGCUAAAAGAGUACCUUUAAAACAAAUGCCUCCUACACUUACAAUUGUAGCAGAACAUGAUUGGAUGCGAGAUCGUGCCAUUGCAUAUUCACAGGAGCUCCGGAAGGUAAAUGUAGAUGCCCCGGUCUAUGAUUACAAAGAUGCUGUACAUGAAUUUGCAACCUUUGAAAUGUUCCUCAAAACACCAAAAGCUCAGGCAUGUGUAGAAGAUAUCGCAAUAUGGGUUAAGAAGUAUAUAUCACUCAGAGGCCUUGAGUUUUCGUAUUAAGAAGGUCUAAUCUCGAAAUUUAAGAUUUGCAGGCCGCAAUUUUGAGCUCACCAAGCCAUGGCACAUUUGGCAAGUCACAACAAUUUUUGUCAAGGUACAUAAUCGAAAAAGUGUUUGAUUGGUGAUAAUGUUAUGGAGGAAAGUAAGUUUUACACAAACCGUAGCAUCAAUGUUGCUUAUUGUGGAAUGGCCAAAUAAACAUACUCAAUAGUCGAUGGUCAAAAGUUAUUUGACUCGAUAGCAGCACAAGAACCAUACAGAUAUCUUUUUGUGUAUAUACCAACGGAGUGAUGAGUUAGCAUGUUUGAACCUUGUCUUGUAGGUUAGGUUGCUGACACAAUUUUACUGAUUCUUUUGUUUCUCUUUUGUUAACAAUAAUAGUGAUGUAGUUAUAGUGUAUAGUAAGUAAUAUCUGCUGUUUUUCUUUUUGUAUAUGAAGUAAAUUUUGGUCUUUUUGUUGUGCAAUAAAGUCACUUGUUUGUUUAGU